UCCGUCCCCCCCCAAGAGCGCGCGAAAAGAGUACGCAGGCCUGCCCGGGAGGGCGCACGCACGCACGCAGGCCCCUCCCCGCCCUACGUCCGGCCGCGAAUCCCCCGGGGCAACCAGGCCCUUGUAGUCUAGGCUCCAGAAGUAAUGCCCCGGAAGGCGGGGCACGGAGAGGAGGCCGAGGCGGGCGCCGAGGAGGCCGGCGCCGAAGAGUACGGCCCUGAAGAGUACGGUCACGAGGAAUCGGGCGCCGAGGAGUCCGGCCCGGAGUCCGGCCCGGAGGAGUCGGGCGCCGAGGAGGAGAUGGAGGCCGGGCGGCCGCGGCCGGUGCUGCGCUCUGUAAACUCGCGCGAGCCCUCCCAGGUCAUCUUCUGCAACCGUAGCCCGCGCGUCGUGCUGCCGGUGUGGCUCAACUUCGACGGCGAGCCGCAGCCCUACCCAACGCUGCCGCCGGGCACUGGCCGCCGCAUCCACAGCUACCGAGGUCACCUUUGGCUCUUCAGAGAUGCAGGGACAUACGAUGGGCUUCUGGUUAACCAAACUGAAUUAUUUGUGCCAUCUCUCAAUGUUGAUGGACAGCCUAUUUUUGCUAACAUCACACUGCCAGUGUAUACCCUGAAAGAGCGAUGCCUACAGGUUGUCCGAAGCCUAGUCAAGCCUGAGAAUUAUAGGAGACUGGACAUUGUCAGAUCACUCUAUGAAGAUCUGGAAGACCACCCAAACGUGCGGAAAGACCUGGAGCGGCUGACACAGGAGCACAUUGAAAACCAACGGAUGGGAGAGGAAAUGGAAGAUUUUAAUUGAAAUUUGUGCUACUACAUCUCAACUUUUGAUGGUACUGAUAAGUCUUGAUCUGGAUAUAGGACCGGUCACUUACUCUCUGUUUCAAAAUGUCUCAUUCUUGGAGUAAAAUAUGCUCCAUUGCUUAAAAAGGAAGUUAACUGACUUCACUAGGCUUUGUGAUGUUUAGGGGCAAACAUCACAGAAGUGUUACUUAAUGCCUGCCCUUUUUAGAAAGUAUUUAUCAGAAGAAAGUAGUUGUAUUUUUGCCUCCUAGUAAGUCAGGAAAUUUUCUGUGUAAGGAUCUUUGUAUAAGUCAUUCAGUAAGAAUUGCAGCAUACCCUUUAAUUAUAAGAAAGCAGUAAAGGCCGGGCGCGGUGGCUCACGCCUGUAAUCCUAGCACUCUGGGAGGCUGAGGCGGGUGGAUCGCUCAAGGUC